AUGGCUUUCCUUAGUGACAAAAUUACUGAAAUCGGUCUGCCUGCCGAACUAUCUUUAUUUACUGUUCCACCUAACCAAGUUGCAGUAGAAAAAAUAUAUUUUGCAGAAUACAGACCAGUAUCAUCAUUUAACACAGAAGAUGCCCCGAUUGAAAUUUCCAUACCUGGUCAAGGAAACGAGUACAUUGACUUGCGGAGGAGUCGCUUACACGCAAAAUGCAAAAUCGUUAAAUCAGACGGAUCGCCAUUAGCAGCCCAGGAGAAAACGGGAAUCGUUAAUCUCCUUUUGCAAUCACUAUGGUCCCAGAUAGACACAUAUAUGAACGGAAAGUUACUGUCUCUGAACACUAGUUAUUACCCAUGGAAAGCUUAUCUAAAAAUCAUCUUGUCCAGUGGCACCGAUGUCUCAGACUCGCAAUUACAAUCUCAACUAUUUUUCUUAGACGAUGCAACGAUGGACGAUGGGAAUGCAAACGGUGGAACAAACGGCGGUUUGGCACAGCGGUAUACAUUUACACAACAGAGCAGAGUGUUUGAUUUAGAAGGGCCUUUGUACGAGGACAUUUUCCGUUUAGAUAAAUACAUAUUAAAUGGUGUCGACAUAAACCUAAAAUUAUUUCGUAACCGAGCACCCUUCCUUGUAAUGAGUGCAGAAUCUUCUCCAACAUACAAAGUGGAACUGAUAGAUGGAUCAUUUAAGGCAUGUAUGAUUAAAGUGGACAGUGGUGUUUUAAUCAAUCAUGAAGAAAUAUUGAAAGAUAUCACUGCAAAAUACUCCUUAGUGAGAACAGAGGUGAAAAUGAACACGUGUCCCAAGGGAUCAGGGAGUUUUAUCUGGCAGAAUGUAUGGUCCAAUAAUCUACCAACGAAGGCGUAUUUUGCCUUCAUAUCGCAAGCUGCCGUGAUUGGUGACUACUCAAAAAACAUUUUUAAUUUCCAAAAUUUAGCAGAAGAUAUUGCAGUGUACGUGAACGGUGAAAGCAUUCCUGCAAGACCCAUGAAGGUUGACAUCAGAGCCAAUAAGAAUUACGUUACACCAUUCGUGAAUCUUUUUGAAGUGGCCGAAAAAUGGAACAAAGACGCUGGCCUCAAAAUUACAAGAUCAAUGUUUGACGCAGGGUAUGCUGUGUAUGCUUUCAGUCUAGCCCCAAGUGACCUUGGAGAAGCCUAUUUAAACCUGAUUCGCCAGGGAAGCGUCAGAUUAGAAGUAAAAUUUGCGGCUAAUACAACAGAGACGCUUAACUGUUUAGCUUAUGCAGAAUUUCCGGCUUUAAUCGAGAUAGAUCAUUCCAGAGAUAUCAAGUAUACCCGAGUAUGA